AUGAGCUCCAAACCCAAGAAGUUUAGUUUUAAGAAAACCCUGCGACCUCAGGCCCCACCAAUUGCCCCUUCGAUCCCUUCAGAAGCCAAAUCAACAGUACCAGCCGAACCACCUUCAGAAAAUCCAUUUGGUCUGAAGCCUCAUUCCAAAAACCUCUUCAUUCAACCACCCUCUUCACUCUCACCUCUCCACAUCCUGGCCCUCUCCGAUCUCUCAAAUGUUGUACUUGAUCUGCGCGCUCUCACCCCCCAUCUCUCAACCCUUCAACUUGCUCGGAUCCACCAUGCUGCUAUCCUUGCGCCCCCGCUUUCAGGAAGUGUAUCCUUGACCCAAGUGUCUCACAGUAUCCUCCUCCUGGUCUCUCAACAAUACCACUCAACUAAUGCCUGUCCUGAAAUUGCGCUUUGUAUUGAGUAA